AUGGAAUUCGUUGCUGGUAUCCGCGGCGAUAUACACGAAAGGAACUUCGACGACCAAAAGGACAAAAAUUUUGUGAAGGGUCUUGCCACAACUCCCUACAAAGAUUUCAAGGACAGAGUGCAGAAAGCAGCCCCUGGAACAUGUGAGUGGAUAGACCGUGUUGCCGACUAUCAAGACUGGCUCCAGGACCUCGAGGUAACCGUUCUCAUGCUCAUGGGUCGGACGGCCUGUGGGAAGACAGUGCUGGCUAAGCACCUCAUCGAUCGUGCCACAUGGGGUCCUAAGGCCACGAUUUGCUACUUCUUUUUCAAUGAUCGUGGUCAGGAGUUUCAAAAAUUGACAUCGGCUCUCCGUGCUAUGCUGCAUCAGCUAUUUACCCGGAAACCAGCUCUCAUCCGUCAUGCUCGUCCCUUAUAUGAUGAAAACUUCGGGGGUCGCGCUCAAACCCCAGCCGGUUUACGGUCGAUUCUGUUCGACGUCAUCAACGAUCCUGAAUGCGGGAACUUGGUCUGCAUACUUGAUGCGUUGAACGAGUGCAGUGAGCAGGCGGAAUUGCUUCAAGUCAUUGGGGAUCUGUGUACGAGCAAGCGGCGAUACCAAUUGAAGCUCAUACUCACAUCUCGUCCGCGCCCUAAGAUAUAUGACCAUUGGUGUCGUCUGGCCCAAGGUAGAACUGAAUGGCGAUGGUUGAACUUGGACAACUGGAGCCUGAAGAGGGAAGUUGACAACGAUAUCAAGCAAUAUGUUCGGUCUGCCGUUCUCGAACUGGCCAUCCGCAGCGGCCUUCAAGCAUCUGCAUCGCGUCGUGUCGAGGAGACAAUGCUUGAAAGGGCGGGAAGCACGUAUCUCUGGGCCAAUGAAGCGAUUCGUAUGCUGGAGAAUUCCAACAUCUACACGCAAGGAUCGCUGGAAAAACUUCUAUCCACGACAUUGCCUACAGUUAUCUCACAGGUUUAUCUUGCAAUGAUUGAGCGGAGCGAAGACCGAAAUUAUGCCAUGAAAAUUCUCUCCAUAGCCUGUGCCGCGACGCGACCGCUGACCUUGGCGGAACUGCAUGUGGCCCUCACGAUCAAGCUUGGAGACAGGGAGGUCAAGUACCUUCAGUCGUCGGACGAAUCAUCCUACAGCCAGCGUAUCGUGACAGCGAGCGUGGAUCUCCUCCAUAUCACAGAGGAGAAGGUACACUCUCUGCAUUGGUCGCUUCGCCACUUCCUACUCCAAGGGCCUGGUGGCGAUGGCAUGGUGAAUCCUGGCAACCCCCAGCUUCUGCUUGCAACCAGCUGCAUCGCCGACCUUUUGCUCGACGAGUUCGCCACCGAUCCCCUGCCAGAAUCCAUACAAGAUGGAACCCCCGAGUCCGAUGGUUGGAUCAAGGAGUAUCUCAAGCUGCAUCCGUUUCUGGAGUACGCGGCUGAAUCCUGGGCACCCCACCUUAGCCUCAUUACCAAUGGAGAUGAGCUGCUCUUGCCAAACGCAAUCGCCCUCUGUGACACCAAUUCAGCCCGAUUCAAAACCUGGUUUCGGGUUUUCUGGAGUACAAUCGACAAAGUCCCCUUUCCCUGUCCUCGAGAAUUCUCCGACAUGAUGGUUGCGUCGUUCCUAGGUCUCGAUCAAGUCGUUGCCGACAAGCUCGAUGGCCUUGAACGCUAUAGUAUCGACAUUCGCGGCGAUCACGGAUGGACUGCCUUGAUAUGCGCCGUACACAAUGGCCAUGGGGUGACUCUCAACCUACUUUUGGACAUGGGAGGCAAUCCUUACUUGGGCGAUGACCAAGGCAGGACGGCGAUACACCACGCCGUCAUCAGAGGCAAGGAAGAUAUAGUCAGAGCUAUGGUAGGACACGGUUUCAACCUCUCGAUACGGGAUGUAGAUGGCUGCACUCCCCUACAUCUUGCCGUCAUGCAAGGCCAUGAGGAAGUCCUCAGCGUCCUGCUAGAGUGUGAAAGCCCAAUCGACGACCAGGACCGCAUAGGACGUACAGCUCUGCAUUAUGCUGCUUCAGACGACCAGGAGCCCAUGGUGCGCCUGCUCCUUGCCCACGGGGCGGAUCCAGAUUUAAAGGACCAUGCUGGCAAAACAGCCAGAGAUCUUGCCAUUGAAGCUAAGAGGGAUCACCAAAAACCUCUUGGGGAAGCCGCAUCUAGCGACCAAGUCGACUUGCAUGCUCCCCACACGGUCGAUGAGUCGGCGACUGUCGGUGAUGGGGCGCCUAAUUUUGAGUCCACAGCGUCCCAACCCUUGACUUCGACAGACCUACAAAGAAGGAUCAUCGCCACAGAAAAGGUUGAAAAUGUCAUACGCGGCCAACGAACCACAAACAAUCUGGUGUUCCAAGUCCUCGAGGCAAAAGGGGAUGCUCCAAAACUUUCUAACGAACCUAUCGGACGGACCGACGAUGUGGACAGCCUGUUCAACGCGAAUGUUAUUGACAUCAAGUUCUCCGAUGGUAUCGCACGUCCUCUCAAAGAGGCAGACAAGCCCAAGCUCAGAGAUAUUGUCAACGGGAAGGCCGACAUUUACAGAAACUUACCGGCUGAAGUGCAGCGCCUCAGAUGGCUACAUCUUCCAGCAAAUAACAUGAGAUGGAUCGAGCUCACGAUGCAGCAGUACGAGAGUGUAGGAAAAGUCUCGCGGGCUGUUGUCCUGCGUCCUGAUCUUUGGAUUGAACGACUACACAAAGCCUCGCCUCACCGACCCCAUGCUUGCUUCUUGACUCCCUUCUACAAGCGUGACGGCCACGCAGACUUUGUAUUCAUUAUGCCCUACAUCCACUGGGAGAAGUGGGAGACGUUUGUCGACAUGAGAGACUAUGUAAAGAGCAUCAUAGUGGAUCGUGGCGAGAUGCAUGAAGCGGACAAGCACAAGAAGCUCAUUUGGGCAUAUUUGAAUGCCAAAGACGGCAGCAACCCUAUUCACCUUCGCCGUACGCUCGACCAGUAUUACUACUUCUCCCUAGACGACACCAGCGACAGAGAUGGUGAUCAAGUGACAGGUCGCCUGUUCGAUCGCGGUGAUCUCGUUGGCGACAAGGUCCUUAUGAUGGUCGACCAGUUGUGGCUGUGGGUUGUUGGAGACAUGGUAUUCACCAGCUUCCCUGAGAGAUGGAGCUACCAAGGUGAACCUCACGAGCGCACUGAUAUUGCCCGCAACAUCGAGACGAAUUCUUCUCCAAUCCGGUCAACAUAUGAAUUUGCCGAACUCAUUAUUGGCGAGUGCCUGAGAACAUGCCUCGACCCGAGUAAGGGUGGCGAUAAGACAGUCCACUUUCUUGAGCACUAUGAGAUGUCGAUAGGGGCAGUGACCAACAAAGAAGCUCAACAAUUCAAGAAAUUCUCCUCCAUGGUAGAGAACUUGAAGAACCAGGACACGGGCCAUGACCUGGACAAGAAUAGUCGAGACUUUCUUGAUAUCCGCAAAGAGGUUGAACUGUUGAAAGAGGUCAAGGAUAUCCGCGACGAACUCCACACCCUUUUGAUAAUCUUCCAAGAUCAGCAAAAGGUCCUCAAGGAUCUGAAGAGACUCGCCAAGGGUGUCAAAAUCCCAAGUGAUGCUUCUCGAAAAGGCAAUAAGCCUAGACCUCCCCAAGCGACUGGUGGUGUCGAGGCGCAUAAUGGUAACGGCAACGGCAACGGCAACGGCAACGACAGUCAGCAUGAAGUCACCACAGACGACCGAGAGACGCAAGCAGACUCUGAUACCCCCAGAUUCGCCAUACCAUGCCAGAUCGUGGACUGGAACAUUGCUGAUAUCAAGAGAAUGGACGAUCAGGCUGCAAGAACACUAGACGCGCUCAACCAUCUGGUCGACCUCAAACAGAAGCAUGCAAGCCUCCUCGAGGCGCGUUGGGCCCGCGAUGAAGCCGUGCAGACACGGAGACAGGCCGAAGAAACAGCCAGGCAGGGUAAUACGAUCAUGGUCUUCACCAUUGUCACUAUAGUUUUCCUCCCCCUAUCCUUUAUCGCGGCAUUCUUCGCCAUCAACAUCGUCGAGUUCCCCAAAGACCCUGACGGCCUCCAUCUCGGCUAUGUCUCCAAGUAUAUGUUCUCCAUCUCCGCCGCCAUCAUCAUUCCCCUCAUCCUCAUCGCCUUCAACGUCAACGAAGUUGCCGCUGCCUUUGGUUCCUUUGGCAAAUUGGCGCGCCGUCAUAGCACCUACCUUGUAUCCACGCUGCAGCACAGUCGCUGGGCUUCUCCUCACCCUCUUGCUCCAAACAAAGCGCCAGUCCAAAUAGCUCCAGAUUCAGCUGCAGGGGUAGCAGUCAGCGUCAACAGCAAUGGCUUUGUCAAGGGUAAGCUACCGCAUCCCAAGCUCGAGAAGCGCUCCGAACAGAGCGUCAUCACUGACUCCAAACCAGGCGGUGGCACCAGAGACGGGUCUGUCGACGAUGGCCUCACAUCCCCUAUGGCGGCCGACAGGUCGCCUCACACGCUAAUGGACGUGCUGUGGUAUGUCAUCUUUGUGCUCCCUUUGGGGGAGGUGCAUUUUGCGCUGCGGCUGCUAGGCUGUGUCGGGCACGGUCCUGGUGGUCAAGAGGGGCAGGUCGGAAAAGGAGGAUGGUCUUCAGCGGCGGCGGCGGCGGCGGCGGUAGGUGUAGGGGUCAAGAGCGCCUCUGUCGGAGUAGAAGAAGAGUCAUCCCAGAAUUCGGAUGAGGACGAGGAUUCAGACAAGGGGCAGACGAAGACGAAGAACAAGAAGAGUAGUUGGCGGAUGCGGAGAGGGCCCCAGACCCUUGCUAGAGCUGUCGUCAGCUUUCUUCGUCUGUGUCUCGUCCCCCUGUGGACUGUGGCGUUGGUGCUCGUAGCGUCGGCCUUUACCGUCGUCUACGUCGUCGUCACACUUCUGUUUGACGACAGUCCCAUCCAGCGCGUGGUUCGACGUCUGAUGUAUUCUGGCCGUGGGAGUUCGCCGACUCGGGCAGUGGCACGUGGUCAGCUGGGAUCUGCCGGUCAGGGAGCGACACACGAGGAUGAGGUACAUGUUACCGUUUAA